AUGAGGGCUCACAGGGAAGCGAUCUCGGCGGCAUCGCGUGUCGCGUCCUCUCUGGUUCGUAGCCACGGGGUGGAAGGACUGGGAUAUGCGGGGGACGUGGUGAACGUGCCAGCUGGCUUCACGCGCAGCAAGCUCAUCCAACGGAAGGCCGUCCUCCCACCAUCCCCCAAACCCAGUAACCCCCCUCCACCAUUCCCCUGCCGCGUACCUUUCUCAGGAGGUGGAAGGGCUCGGAUACGCGGGCGAUCAAGUGAACGUGCCAGCCCGCUUCGCCCGCAACAAGCUGAUUCCCCACAAGGCCACUCUCCCCCUUUCCCCUAUCCGCCCUCCGCGCAUCAUCAGGAGGUGGAAGGGCUCGGAUACGCGGGCGAUCAAGUGAACGUGCCAGCCCGCUUCGCCCGCAACAAGCUGAUUCCCCACAAGGCCACUCUCCCCCUUUCCCCUAUCCGCCCUCCGCGCAUCAUCAGGAGAAGGCCGCCCUGCCCUUUCCCCGCUUACCCCCUUUCCCCCUCUUCCGCUUCCGUCUCCCCUGUUAUUCAGGAGGUGGAAGGGCUCGGAUACGCGGGCGAUCAAGUGAACGUGCCAGCUGGCUUCGCCCGCAACAAGCUCAUCCCCCAGAAGGCCGCCCUGCCCGCCAUCCCCAAGUUCCUGCGCCAGGUGCGCCUGGCCAUGGAGGCGCAGGGGGGGGCGGGGGGACAGGCGCAGGGGGGGGCGCGGGGGGAGGCGCAGGUGGAGGCGCGAGGGGAGGCGCGGGGGGAGGCGGGGGUGAAAGCGGAGGGGGAUGGGGGGAGAGGGGGCGAGGAGGGGAGUGAGGUGGUUACGAUGGAAGAGAGGGUGAAGCAGGCGGAGGAGAUUGCAAGACGACUCGACAGCCAACAACUGUCGAUCCGAGCCGUCACACCCAAGAGAUCCUCCGAGCUGCGGCAACCAAUCACGCAGCGCCACAUCAUCAGCGAGGUUCGGCGACAGUUCGGCAUCCAGCUAUCCGAGGCAAACGUACCUCUGUCCGCACCUCUCUCCUCCAUCGGGGAUUUUGAAGUGCCGCUGAGGUUCCCGCGCUCUGUUCCGCUGCCGGGGGAGAGAGAGCAGGUUCAGCUGGAUGUGCGUGUCAGGAGGCGUUGA